AUGAAGAUUACCACGAUGUGGCGGAGUGUUGGAGCGUGGUGUUUGAUAGUGGUCUGUGUGAAGGCUUGUGAGUUACAUCCAGGGGAAGGUGCUGGAGAAAAAUCACCGGGAGACAAUUUCUAUCGAGUCAUCAUUAAUGGAGACGUAGAAAGAUACACUCCGGAACAAAGAUAUGUCGUAACUUUGGUUGGUUCGCGAACUCACGACGUGGUACAACAGUUUACCAGGUUCCAGCUGAUACUGGAUCCAUUAGAUCCAUCAUCUCCACGGACUCCGCGGAAACAGGGACAGUUCCAGCUGUUCGCGGACACGCUUAGCAAGUUCGAUGAGGAAUGUACAAAUUCCGUCAUAGAAGCUGAUGAUUUGCCUAAAACAGAAGUGCAGGUUAUGUGGAAAGCUCCACCGACGGGUUCGGGAUGUGUGCUGAUAAGGGCAAUGGUUUACGAAAAUGACACUCGGUGGUUCGCAGCUGAUGGACAACUGACCCAUCGCAUAUGUGAAGAACCGCCUAGUAUAGAUUGCUGUGCUUGCGAUGACGCAAAGUAUAGUAUGGUGUUUGAGGGUCUGUGGUCCCCGCAGACUCAUCCUAAGGACUUUCCCGUGCAGGCUCUCUGGCUGACACAUUUCUCUGAUGUCAUUGGUGCGACUCACGUCAAGAACUUUUCUUUUUGGGGAGAAGGGGAAAUUGCUACUGAUGGCUUCAGGUCUUUAGCAGAGUGGGGUUCACCAGGUCUAUUGGAACGUGAGCUGCAUCAACAUGGUCCAGCAUAUCUGCGUAGCGUAGUGAAGGCUGCCGGUCUUUGGCAUCCCAGACUAAACUUGAACACUUCGGCUACCUUUACCGUCGAUCGCAAAAGACAUUUACUGUCACUUGCAUCUAUGUUUGGACCUUCUCCCGAUUGGGUGGUGGGAGUGAGUGGACUUGAUCUUUGCCAGAAGGACUGUACAUGGACUGAAAACAAGGUCAUAGAUCUAUUUCCAUAUGACGCUGGCACUGAUAACGGUAUAACUUACAUGUCUCCAAAUUCAGAAACAGUUCCUCGUGAAAAGAUGUACCGGAUCACGACUAUGUAUCCUGAGGAUCCAAGAGCCCCGUUUUACAAUCCCGCUAGCGACAGCAUGAACCCAAUGGCAAGGUUAUACUUGAAGCGAGAAAGCCUUAUAUCGCGAGCAUGUGACCAGGAAGUACUUCAGAGUCUUGUAGUCGAAGAACAAGAAAAUACUCGCUCGGUCGAUAUACCCCAAUGUGCGGUAACUGAAUGGAGCAAGUGGUCUCCUUGCUCGGUGUCAUGUGGUAAGGGGCUCCGUAUGCGAACUCGCGAAUAUCGAAUGCCACAGAAGGCGCAGAUGUUCCAAUGCGACCGUCAGCUUGUGUCCAAGGAAAUGUGUGUCGCAGAUAUUCCCGAAUGUCCUGAAGGUGAAGACCCGAUACCGGACUCUAAUUCGGAGUCUGGUACCGACCUGCCAGUUUGCCGCACUACUGAAUGGGGUCCUUGGGGCGAGUGCUCCGCUACAUGUGGCGUUGGAAUAGCUACGAGGCGAAGAACAUUUAUUGAUCACAUGGGAUACAAAAAAUGUCCCCUUGUGAACACCGAGGAAAACCGCAAAUGCAUGGAGCCUCCCUGCCCCGAGGGAGAAGUUCAAGAAGUGUCGGACCCUCAGUGUCCCACUAGUCCGUGGGCAUCGUGGUCUCCUUGUUCAGCGUCGUGUGGCCGCGGUGUGGCGUUCCGUACUCGUCUGCUGCUGGUGCCAGCAGACCGUCAGCAAGAAUGCAGCUCGCGAGUCGAACUCAUGCAACAACGUCCAUGUUCCGAAAGAGAGGAUUGUACGAUCGACAUGAUUACAGCUAAGCGUAUCUGUAUGGAGGUUCCCGACCCGGGUCCUUGUCGUGGAUUGUACUCCCGCUGGGCGUUUUCAACUCUCAAGGGGAUGUGCGUGCCUUUUAGCUACGGUGGUUGUCGCGGAAAUAAGAAUAAUUUUAUUUCCCAGGAAGACUGCACUAAUACAUGCUCUGUGCUAAUUGGUGGGGCUCCUAGCGGAUCAGUACCUUCGCCCACAGGCGUGGGCGCGGGAUUAUUACCCGUAGUCAGUUCUAACUACCCUGGCCUUAGCGUUAGUUCCAUAGUGCCUGUGCCACCCGCAGUCAGCGCUAAUUCUGGUGAUUGCGUGGUGAGUCCCUGGGGCGACUGGAGCCGGUGUAGUGUGACCUGCGGCGUGGGGUACCAGGAACGAACUCGUACCAUAGUGACUCCGGCGGCUGGAGGUGCCUCAUGUCCAUCAAGAUUGGUCCGCAGGCGUCGUUGUUCAAGAGCGUGCUAA